UUGUUUACGUUCAAAAACAUGCUCCGGAGGCUUUUUAGACUUAAUUCAAUUCCAAGAAGACAUUUUCCUCAGAUAGAAUGUCGCGUUUUUGUAGAAGAAAAGUCAAAUUCCACCAAACUUUUGCCAGCAGAUGACAUUGUUGAUGAACUUAGAGCAUUUUCAAAUGCUAAAAAACUCGCCAUAAGUUUUUCACCUCCGAUGCUUAAAACAGUCGUCCCUAUGUUCACACAACUUUUAGAAUGCGAUGAAAAAGUAGCCAAACAAAUUGCUCAAAAGCACCUUAAAGACAUCAAAACCUUAACAAUGAAGGAAUUGCGACAACAGAUCGAGACUUACAUCGAAGCUAGUUUCGAUCGAAAACUCCUUCUGCAACACUCGGAAUUGCUCUCAAUGAUUCCUAAAGUCGUACUUGAAAAGCUUGAAAUUUUACGGGCAAUGCCAACUGACGAGAAUGGCAAUGGAUUAAAUGACUACUUGCCUUUGAUGAAACUCGAAGUUAAGGAUUUAAAGAAAUUUCGUGACACUUUAUGUCGAGAUGAACGACUGAAAAUGCCAUUUAAGGAUCGAAUUCAUUUUUUGAGUCACAAACUGGAAGUUGAACCUCACGUUAUUUCUGAACUUGUAGUGAAAAAUCCCUUUUUAAGGACGUUACGGAGGUCUUACAUCAUCGAAAAUACAGACUUAUUUUUGAGUUACAAAGUAUCCCCACAAACGAUAUUAAAAAGUCCCUAUUCGCUCAAAAGUAAUCCAAAGACAAAAGUUAAACAACGUCUAGAACAUGUAAAAAAUCUUUUGGGUGAAGGUGACUUAAAAGCAUGGAUAACACGUGCCAGUGAAAAAAAUUACGAUAAAUUGCUGAAAUUCGCCUCUGAGAAUCUGGAUUCUCUAAAAAAAGUUGGUGCGGAAGAUAACAUUGAUUAUCUCAGUAAACGUCUUGGAUUAAACACGGAUGAAAUGCAACUCUUUUUGACACAAUAUCCGCGAAUUAAGAAGGUUAGAGUUCGAAUAAUGAAAAGGAUAUUAGAUUUUUUGUUAGACGAAGCAAGUUAUCCGGCAGAAAAAAUUGCAAAAGUACCAACACUUUUUGCUUGUAGCGCAAAAACACUUAAAAAACGCCAUGAUGAACUCAAAAAAUUGAAUCAUGAGUUGGAAAGUUUGUACCCAUUAGCUAAACCGUCGAAAGCAUGGGAUAAGUACAUCCAAAGACUGAAAAAUGAUAAAAACUUUGAAUCAACUAAAGAGGAGUGAUACCUGACAUUAUUAAAUAGUCUUAAGAAAUACAAAACAGAAAAGUUUCAGAUUUUUUAAUUUUAUAUUUUUAGUUUUGUCGAAUGAAUAAGAGAAGUAUCAAAUCAGCUUAACUUAUAAAUAAACUGCAAUUUUAAGCUUUUGGAGUAGCAUGGAAAGGAAACGAUUUUGAGUCUGAUGUUUUCAUCAAUGGAAAACUAGUAAUAUUUCAUUGAACAAGGUCUUGAACGAUAAACCUCCGGAAGUUGCAAACGAAGAAAAAAGGCUGCCAAGAAGUACACGAUCCGCCUUAUCGCUACUCCGCUCAGGAUACAGCAGACUAACCAACUACGAUCUGCACCGCAUCGAUGACAGUAUUGAAGACAAAUGCAACUUGUGCGACGAAACGCCGCAUGACGUACACCACCUGUUCAACUGUCGAGAAAAGCCAACGGACCUCUCUGUCAUUGACCUAUGGCAGAAUCCUUUGGAAGUGGCAAAAUUCUUGGGACUUGAACUGGAAGAGUCAACUGCUUGACUUACACACGAUCAACUAGACAAUAACAUAAAU